AUGCCGGGACGCUGCGGGCGGCUCGAUGGCAGGCAAGGCCGUCACAACGUCCCUGGCUGCAGGGAAACAAGUUUUGGCAUGUUUCCGGAAAGUGUCUCUCUUGCCUAUUUGCCAUCUGAAGAUGGAGUGGAGCCAGUGCCGCUUCACCAGCUCGGAAAACGCUGCAGACAAAGCUGCCGCUACCUGGCGUCAGGGCUCUCGCCCGUGAGCGCCCUCCUGAUUAUAUGUAUUGCGCUUGUCGCGGCGGCACGGGCCUGCUGCGCAUCCUGGUUCUUUCCGUCACAUCGCUGCGAUCCCCUGAAGCAGAUAGGUGACGGAGCUUGUCUUCCGUUGACAGGGCACCUGACUCAACCCGUCUGUUAUACUGUGGCGCCCAGUCCGCGAGCUGGGCACGCCGCCCCGAGCCUAUAUCUCUCACCUAGGAACGGCUCCAGCAUUUCCCGGCUUGAUCGGCGUGGAGCGCUAGAUGCUUGCAAUGACGCAGCGCUUCUGGAUGAGGAGGAUAAAGCAUAUGCAUGGUCUUCGUCUUGCGUGCCGCCGUCCCUGCUCCUGCAUUUAUCCCCUCCAGCUGCCUUCGGUGGUGGUGCCCUCCCGUGGAUUCCGCAUCGCUCUAGCACAACAUGGUCGCCUCUCGUCAGUACGCGUCCAGCCAGGCGGUCUGCUCUUGAUGAAGGACGCCGUCUCUUUUUGUUCCUGUCUCCUGUCGUCCCCGUGGCCUCUGUUGUCCGCGGCCUCUGCUCCCCAGGCGCGUCGUCGCGGCAUCUAGCAUCGGAGUGUGCCUCUUCGUCCGCCUUGUUUGUUUACCGUAACAAAGUCCUCCACAUCAAUCCCGUGCGACGGGUGAAGCACUUGAAGAGGAACAGUGGGCGGUCUCACAUACACGAGCUUGCGCGCGAGCGCUACCUUCUUCAUCGCCAGAAGGACGUGCGGGAUUACUACCGGAUAAAAAUUCAUCCCCAUGUAGACAACUGUCCACACAGCCAGCGCAAUGCAGCUAUAAAGAAGCCGUACCGAGGUGUGAACGAGGCAAGACGGGAAGAAAAUCGGCGGCUGAACGCGGAAGAUGACGCGCGCGAUGAGGCAAGGAUUUCCGCCCUCAGAGCGUUUCUUGAUGCUCAGGCGGCGCUAGUCCGUGCGGCAACGCAACAGAAUACAGGCGAGGCCGCACAACCGGGCGACACUGUAGGAGGCAGCAGUGCUGAAUCACAAGCGGGAGUCGCCAAUUCUGGUUUUGUCGAACAUGAGCUAGAGGCCACAGAGGGAAAGCAGAGCGAAGCAGCACGCUGGGCGUCUUUCGAUGAGGUGAAAAAGGCUUGUGAGGAACUGCAGCUGCUGCUACGGAAGCGGCGCAUGCUCCGGCCUCUCGGGAGUAACAAGCUCUUUGUUAGCGGCGUAGAUGAUCGCUUGAUGAAUUCAGAUAUCGAGGAUUUCUUGGACUUCUUUUUCCGAAAAACCAAGGUGAAGCUGCACAAGAACGCAGACGGCACACACCGAGGAAGUGGGCUCAUUACCUUCGAGACAACUAUGGAUGCUACACAGUGCCUUCUGGAGUUCAACGGCGUUCGCCUCGGUGCAAAGCGCCUGUUCCUUGCCGAAGCCCUGGGGCCUCCACUAAAACCCAAAGCGAAAAAGGUCUACUUACCACCUACUUUCCCUUUUGGAACUUCUCCUGCGGCUGCCCCUCCUGAGGAAGUUCGUGAAUUGUGA